CCUCAUAUUAAGCAUCUUAAUACUGAUGCUCAACCAAGUUACCCUAAUCUUGAAAUAGAACUUGCUGAAUGGAUUCAAACUUUAUGCACUAAUUUAAAACCAGUUAGUCAUAAUAUGAUACAAGUCAAAGUGGCAGCAUUAGUAAAGUUCCCACAAUAUACUAUUCAAUAUCCUAAUAUUGAUAAGUUUAAGUGGAGUAGUAAGUGGCUCGAAGGCUUUUUACACUAUUAUAAUUUUAGUAACCAUUGUAGAACAACUGUCAUACAAAAAUUACCAGAAGAGUUAGAAGUAAUAUGGAUGAAACCCCUUGCUUUCGACAUGCCAAGCAAUAUAACCAUUGAUAAUAAAGGAAACAAGACUAUCAGUGUCAGAACUUGUGGUUAUGAAAAAUCCUGUUUUACCAUCGUGCUUGCAUGUAUAGUGGAUGGUGAAAAAUUACUACCAACAAUCAUUUUUAAGCUAAAAAAUAUUCCACAUCUUGAGUUUCCAUCGGGUGUUAAGCAUGCAUGGGAUGCCAUUGAUAUUAAGCUAAUUAAAUGCUCCUUUAAAUGUUGUGGCAUCUUAGUUGCAACUGAUGAAUCAGAAGACGAUUUAAUUUUUGACUACAAUCAUGUUGAAAAUAAUAAAGUUGAUGAAUAUAUUUUUAGUAAUAGUAAAACACUUGAUUUCACAACUUUAAUUUGUAAAACUUUUUGUCUUAACAAUAUAUUUAUUUCAACAAGACCUUCUGUACCAACAAGACCCCACUUCAACAAAGCUUUUCACUCCAACAAGGCCCUCCGCUCCAACAAAACCCCACUCCAACAAGACCCCCUGCUCCAACAAGAUCCUCCAUCUUAA